CAUCUCCCUACUAUAUAAACAAACAGCUUUAGCUCAUCUGAAACAACAAACAUUUCUCAAAUCUCUGCAACAAUGGCUCUCUUCGUUAUAUCUCUCCUCAUAUUCUCUUCCUUCUCAGCCAUUCCAUUCACAUGCGCAGAUUCUGGAAUGAUCGGAGUAAACUACGGCCGGAUAGCGAACAAUCUCCCGGCGCCGGAAAAGGUGGUUGAGCUUCUCAAAUCCCAAGGAAUCAACCGCGUCAAGCUUUACGACACUGAGAAAUCCGUACUAACCGCGCUCGCGAACUCCGGCAUCAAAGUCGUCGUCUCUCUCCCUAACGAGAACCUCGCCGCCGCAGCAGCAGAUCAGAGCUACACCGACAAUUGGGUUCAGGAAAACGUAAAGAAAUACAUGCCGGCGACGGAUAUCGAAGCGAUCGCCGUCGGGAACGAAGUGUUCGUCGAUCCGAGGAACACGACGACGUAUCUCGUUCCGGCAAUGACGAAUGUUCAGAGCUCUCUGGUCAAAUUCAACCUCGACAAAUCAAUUAAGAUCUCGUCGCCGAUCGCUUUGAGCGCGUUGGCGAGCUCGUAUCCACCGUCGGCCGGUUCUUUUAAACCGGAUUUAAUCGAACCGGUUAUCAAACCGAUGCUGGAUCUGCUUCGCAAAACCUCGUCGCAUCUCAUGGUGAAUGCUUACCCGUUCUUCGCCUACGCUGCGAACGCCGAUAAGAUCUCGUUGGAGUACGCUCUGUUCAAAGAGAACGCCGGAAAUGUAGAUUCCGGUAACGGUUUGAAGUAUUCCAAUCUGUUAGACGCGCAAAUCGACGCCGUUUUCGCCGCCAUGGCCGCCGUGGGAUUUAACGACGUUAAGCUCGUGGUGACGGAGACGGGUUGGCCUUCUGCCGGAGAUGAGAACGAGAUCGGCGCCGGUUCGACUAACGCGGCGGCUUAUAACGGCGGGUUAGUGAAGAGAGUGUUGACGGGAAACGGGACGCCGUUAAAACCGAAGGAGCCGCUUGACGUUUACUUGUUCGCUCUGUUUAACGAGAACCAGAAAACGGGGCCCACUUCGGAGAGAAACUACGGGUUGUUUUACCCGAACGAGAACAAAGUGUAUGACGUUCCGUUCACCGUUAGGUCAACGACGCCGGUCAACGAUAGCAAGGAGAAGGUUCCGGUGAAGUCGCCGUCGAACGUGGGACAGACGUGGUGCGUGGCGAACGGGAAAACGCCCAAGGAGAAGCUUCAGGAAGGUCUCGACUACGCUUGCGGAGAAGGAGGCGCUGAUUGCCGUCAGAUUCAACCGGGUGCCACGUGUUAUAAUCCUGAAUCGUUAGAGGCCCACGCUUCUUACGCCUUCAACAGUUACUAUCAGAAGAACGCACGUGGUGUUGGCACGUGUAACUUUGGUGGGGCAGCGUACGUGGUCUCGCAACCUCCUAAGUACGGGAAGUGCGAGUUUCCAACAGGGCAUUGAAAUGGAAAUGGAAGAGAAGGAAUCGGGCGGAUUAAUUUAGUAGCAUUUUCUUGUUAUUUAUUUAAUACUUUGUUUUGUCAUUCGAGUAUAUGAUUUAUUUAUAUGCGUAGAUUUGUUUU